UUCCCGUUGUAGCCAGGCUUUCUGUAGAUUUCACACUCCCAGGAAACUGGCUCCAAGAUUUCUGCACCGACUCAAUCGAAAUGAUUGCCUUGCUCUGAUCAAAUUUUGCGCUGCUUGGCUUGUUCAUUGCUCGUACUGAUGAACUAAUUCCUAGUCUGAUAAAUCCUCGUCAUUUCUCUGGUUAUCCAGGUCAAAUGGAUGAUGUCUUGCACUUUACUCCCACACAGUUGCAUAUUGCUAUGCAUUUUGUAAAAGCAAUAUCCGGUCAAAAAUCUUUGCUACGGUUAAGGUAUAUAACAUUUCUUUGUAUUCUCUCCACGAUACAGUAAGCAAUCAAAAAUAAGCUACCAUAAUAUUAACCUAUCCUCACAAAAGCAUCGUAGCCAAUUUCGAUUUGUCUGUUCAUAACAUUAUGUUUUCAUGUGUACCAACUUUGUUUAAAUACAGUUUGUAGAUUUAAUACACACAUGUAGCAAUUUGAUCUUGUUUCGAUUCAACAGGCAUUGUGCAGAACAAGAUUUCCUAAACUUUUCUGAAGCAAAACUGAGAGCUCAACGCCAGCAUCGAGUCUACUCUUUGGCCCAGUAGCUUUCACUCGUUAAUUCUUUUCUUUCCAAUGCCUCUCAUUAACACAACAAAGUCACAACAAUAUUUGAGAACGGUGUGAACUUGCAACGGAAAAUAUGAAUGGAAACAUGAGAAUAGAGACUUUUCAUUGUCCAAAUGGGGUUUCAAAUUUCAAUUGCUUCACACAGUUCAAAACACUUUAUAUUGCUUUUCCUGCACAAGCGGGAAGAAAUCUUAAGGAGGCAGUCCUCGCAGUUUUCAUCCGGUGUGAUGACGUUGAUUGUGGUGACGUAAAGAUCUAAAAGUCAAGUCAAAAUUUGGACGGUAUUACCUGGCCUCAAGUGAUGAUCUCCAUAAAUUGCAAAGCUUGUUUGUGUGCUGAGCUGUGUCUGACCAAAGCUACAAAGAAAGUUACAACCACCACAGACAAUCAAGCAAGAUUCUGUUUGAGUACUACAAAUGAAGCCAUCAGAGAAGCCGUUGAGUGGACCAAAAAACUCAAUUGAAAGAGGGAACAGAGUAAAUGAAGCCUGUAUGAGAAGAAGCCCGGAGAUAAAGAAAUUGAUCCGAGUGCGGGACGAGACGAAAGUUGCGAUAUAUGGAGAACAAUUAUAAGUAGAAGGCAGUUUGGAGUAUAUGGAAAGGCGUGGGCUAUGCAACAGAGAUGCAAAAACCUGGAAUUAAAAGGCCAUUCAAGGUUGGGGCACGGCCAGCAUUAUGAGUUCGGUAUUUGUGACCGGACUGGAAAAGGAAUGGAAAAUUGUAAAUGAGAGUUUGGUUUCAUACAAGAAAACAUGUAUUGGUAUUUGUUAAGGCAACUGGAUCCGAAAACAGGCACCUUCUUAAACAUCUUCGAACUCUUGCACCAUGUUUAUUGGAUAAUAGAACAAAACCUAUGCAGCUGUCAGUAUUAAAGAACCCAAAGAUGGAACACAUAUUGGCUCAAAUAGAAUUACCUAGAUUCUUAUAUAAUCUACAUUCUAGAUUCGUUACACCAUGCUUAGUCUAAUAAUGCCCUUAUAAUCUUAUAAUUCUUGUUAUGUCUAUUCAGAUUAGUAUUUUUCUUUAUGGUAAACUGCUUGGUGAAAGGUUCAAUGUAGCUCCAUUAAGUUGUCUGAAUAGCGCGUAUUCUCAAUGGAAACUGCGUGUCGUGAUGUCGUGGUCUUUGUCAAACAAAAUUCACUCAAAGAAAUAAGUAUCUUAUUGAAUCUUAAUACUGUAAUAUCGAUACUGUAGUAAGCAUUUAGGCCAAAAUGUAAGAUCAAAAUAAAUAAUGAUCAUUAUUUUAUCACGAUAAGACGUAGUAUAAUUUGAAGGUGGGGCAUUGUUAAGAACAUCUUUUUUGGAAAACAGCCAUAUAAAGCCGUUAUAUUUAUUUCAGGGUUAUGUGAAUACACUCUCUUUUUUAUAUAAGAAACCGGCUAUAAGAAACGAGUACAGGACAGUCAGAAAAAAUUAAGAAGCUUCAGUACUCGAAGCAAAAAAAUCAAGAAACUAAUAAAUCGUGAUAAAACUGAGAACAACGAAAUUUUGUAAAAUCCAAGAACAUGAUUGCCCGGUUAGCCUAGAAAUUAAGACACAAGGGAUAAAAAUAUACUUCCCACAUCUAAAUACAGCAUCAGGACGGAAGCGAAUCUCUUGACGUGAUUAAAAAGGUCACGAACAGUUCAUUACAUCAUUCAUGACACCAUAAUUAAGAAACUCGUAAGAAACAAUGAGUAUUGAAACUGGAGUAUUCUACAUCGACCUUUGCUUUUUAUAAAAAAAAUGAGUGUAUUGGGCAAUAAUUGUGAGUGGGAAAAAUCUUAAAAUAUCAAAAAACACCUUUAAGCUAGUACAUUAGUCAUAUGUGAGCAUGUUAUUGAUAUUUUAUCUAUUGAUGCAAUUCGAGAGAGAUUUGAAGGAAUGAAAUUUCAUUGGUUGAUCAAAAGAGGCACUAAAUUUUGAAUGUCAAUAUACACGAAACCAAUACGAAAAUACAGAUAUGUAUAUUUAUCUGUAUUCACUUUAUUGUACCAACUCUGGUUAACCUCCUCAUUGUAUUCACUUUAUUGUACCAACUCUAUUGUAUUAAUUCUAUUGUAUUGAUUUUGCAUAUGUCAGCUCCAUUUGAUUUUUAAAGAAUUACUGAUGAAAAUUUCGGUCGAAACGUUUAAGCGAUAGUGUUUUUUCUGAAUAUCUAUAUGUGUAUAAUAUAUAUAUAUAUAUAUGUAAGUCGCUGCCAUUGUCCAUUAAAUGAUAAGAAGAACCAAUGCUAAACAAGGGUGGCUUAGAAGGAUGUUUCCUUUAAUCAGCGCAAUCUUCGAACCCUUCCUCGGGAAGUACUCGGGGCACAUGCUCUAAGCUUUUGGGAAAAUUCCCAUUUCCUGAGACCCUCCUGCGUGUACCACAAAAUGCUUCCAAAUCCCUGGUUUUUUGUAUAUCCUCAAUUGUUUGUUGUCUUUCUAUUCGCUUCUCUUUUCUUUCGUUUUAUCUCCUUUGUCUUCCGUUUGGUUGUAUUUUGUGGUUUUCGUUUGUGUUUUCAGACAUGGGAGUGCCACCUUAUUUGGACGUUGCCUGUGCAGCAACCAUUUACUGCAGUGGUACCAAAGUUUGUGAUAAAUUCGGUGACCUUUUCCGUGUCAGGACUACACACCAUCCAGAAUGUGUUGAAAGAUUUUAACAUACUUCAAUAACAACGAAGUUAAAAGAGAAAGAGACAAAUAAUGCCUGUUUUGCGGUCAAAAAUAACAAGAAAAAACUGCUGAUAAAGGUUUUCCAAACAUGUCUAUUCAAAUCAAAUACCUACAGAUGUGUAGAGAUUAAAUCUAAUCCUGCCUGGAAAAUUUGCCUGGACUGCUAGAAUUGAGAUUCGUGACUGGGAUUAAGCUUGUCAAACGAGACAAUGCUUUCUUAAUCCAUGAAAGGUCACGAAAAGCCCCAAAUGGAAAGCCUUUUCUUAGCAGGAACCCCAUCAAGAAUGAUCUCUUUUUGUCUGUUACUCAUGCAACUGACGUCAAAAUUUGGUAAGGUUAGUUUACUGCAGACUAAAGAGAACUAUGUAAACAGCGAUUUUUAGAAAUUUUGUUUGUUAUUUCUCAAAUGGGAGGUUAGGAAUUGAGACAAUUCGUAGAUAGCAUCAGAGGCUCAUAUGAUGCAUAACUGAUACGGUUAUCCACCCAAUAGGAUGAGAAAAUUGACGACGCUAACAAAUUAUCUCAAUUUGUUAAUUCUUGGGUCAGGAGAGCAAUCCUUGAAUUGAAAAAUAAAUCACUUGCUCAGUCAAUUUCUCUAUACUGAGUCCACCUUUAGAUUCAAACAAGCAAGGGCAAUAUAAUAAAAACUAUGAUAAUAAACUCACUAACAUAAUAUUUUAUCUUCCUAUUAUCGCUUUAAGUGUAGAAGAAGACGGACUCAAGAGCUUCAACUUGGAGCCAUCCUGUUCAAUACACCAAGGCGUUUACAGUUUUGCCUAAAAGGUAUCAAGCACAUCCUACAGAAAAUAAUUUUCACUGUAUAUCAUAAUAUAUAUACAUUGAUUUUUGAUAAAUUACUGAUGAAAAUGAAAGAGUGAGUUUUGAGAAUUCAUUUUAUUUUCAUUUCCAUUAUAGAUAAAAUAAAUACAUUAUUUUCUUGAAAGGAGAGGUUUCAGGAAGGCACGAAUACAAGAAACAGGAAUGAGUUUGCCUUUGCAUGAUGCGUUGGCCCAAAAGGAAUCUCCACGAACAAAAACAUUUGAGUCACCCAGCCGGAAAUCUUUAAUGCAGCAAUUUCAUCUAGGCACGCCAUUAGAAGGGCAAGGCUGGCAAAACACUUCUGUCUGAAAACUCUCACGCCAUGGAACGUGAUCCUGAUGCAUACAUCUUUCCGCGAGCUUUCCGUGAGUUGAAACCAAUUUCCCAGACAAGAAUUCCAGACAAUACAAACACCAACACAAUAAGCCUAGAUCGCUUGUAAGCGCUCGAGUGCUUGUUGCAUCGCGCACGAUUUGCAAAACGAUUCCAGAUUUCUUCACGAUCAAGACGCUCCACGCAAUCGUGCGUUGUCUGGAUUUCGUCGCUUAGCAACUUGAAUGCAAACCUCCCUCAUAUCGAGGCUCUCCUUGAAAACUGAUCAUAAUUUCCAACAUAGCUAUUGUCUCUAGAAGCGUGAUUGAAACUGUGCAAUAAAUGCAGAAAGGCCUGGAUCCUAAUUCGCAUAAUGAGGUACAGGUACAAACAGUCUCUCUUGCCUAGAUCAUUAAUUGCAAAGGGGAAUGCAUCGGCUGAUUGUGAAUGGUUGCUUGAAGCCAAAUCUUUCGGCUUCUAAAAGGCCCAUUGGCAGUAAAAAGCAAAACAGCUAAUUAACAAAUCUUGCUUAUUAACAGUGACUGGUCUCACUAAAAACUCGGUACAUAACUACUAGUUUAGAUGUGUGCUUAUCUAAGAUUAGGGGUGAACUCUAUAGAGGAAGCUCCCCCUAUGUAUGUGAUGAACUGCUUCCACAUUUAGAAUAAAAUCUUAUUCCCUCCCUUCAUGCUAAGCUGGGGUAUAUGGUUUUUAACCGCAGAGAUAUAUAAUCAUUGAACUGAAAGGGGGGAUUCUGACGGCAAAACGACGAAAACAUUGAAAUUGUGGUGGGUAGACGAACUGCUUUUCCAUGACAGGAUAAAAGCAUAUUAUGUAAAAUGCUAUUUCUUUGUUUUGCCCAUAAAACAGCUUUUAAGCAAGACAGUCUUUAAGAAGCAUUCAAAAUUUGAGCGGUAGUGUAUCCGUGCGGUCAAAAAGAUGCCAAAAAGACUCCGUGCGGUCAAAAGGCUUCAAAUCUACUUGGGGAUGUUCUCGUCGUUUCAUUUAAUUAUUCAUGACUAGAUUAGAAGAAACAGCGAGAAAUUACGGGCGCUAAUUUUGAAAUAUAUCAAUUCAGGGCCAGCAUCCUGAUUUCAGUUGCAGCUGCAAUGGCAUUAGAACUGGAUUGAGGAGCUUCACAUCCAGUGGAAAUAGAAUCAGAGAUAAUUUAUAUAAGCAAUUAGGAAGAGAGAAGGGCUACCUAAAAACACUGUUAUUGGCAGGCAGGGGUUUUUUCUAAAGAUUCAGCAGCCACGUUACCGAGAGAGGGCAUAUGAACACCAGUUCUUCAGCUACUGGAAAGAAAAGAAGCUUUUUAUCAAAACCAACAAUUACAUAGUGAAAGCGGCAUAAACUGCGGCUGUGCAUCCAGCCCAAGCUAACCAACAUGUAUAGGUAUUAUACAUAGGUUUCAUAUAUCAAAGGGUAAAUACUUCUUAUGAUAGCAAUGCCUAGAGCAGGCAGAGCGAUGCAGAAAAAUGCCGUAAUACCUUACAGAUCCAAGCCUGUUUCGGUCAAUAGCCACAAUACAACAUGGGCUCACCAAGCAAGCAUUCCAUCAACCUCAUCUCCAAAAUGGAUUACGUCAUCGACAAUUAAUGUCAUAGAAAGCUUUUUGAGGAAACAAGGAAUGGACAGCGAUGGCUGGAGCAACAUCGGAGUCAAAGACCUGGAUUUGCCAGCGUACAAGGUAAACAGCUACGCAGAGAGAGCAAGGCACUGUUUUACGUCAGCGACAAAAAGAAUUGUUCCAAAAGAAGGCAAUGUCCUUGCGGGAAUGGCCUUCAUUCAAGAUUUGCUUACACGGGAGGACAACUAUGAUGGCAGCCAGCAAAGGACGGCGUUAAGCCCUUGCAGUGCGGUUAAUGAGACUAACAUCAUUUCAUCUAACCAAGACUCCUUAAGUGCAGCAACAGUCUGUAUAAGAAACCUCAGAAAAGAAUCGUUGGUACAGCGAGAGUUUUUAACUGUUCCAACUCAUGAUGUCACAGUUAGAGCUUUAACAAGAAGCCGCUCGCCAGCAUUGAUGCCCGUGCGAGCCACCAAAACACGAUCAGCUAGACUGACAUCACAAGGGACUCAAUCGGAAUCGAUGCAAGGGUUUUCAUUUGAGGCAGUCGUCGAGAGUUUCAGUGAUGGUGAAACAUGCCAAAGAGUGACUCAGAAAACAUCAUCAGUUAACUGCGAUUCGUCACUUGGGGUACCUGAUGGGGAAAGCUGCAAUGGGGUUGAGCCUCACACCUCUGAUACCACAUUCAAGUGUGACAACAAAAGUCGUAAAGGGGUUUUACUUAAAGCCAAGAAGAUCUACCCUUAUAUUGAAAAUACAGAGAAAUACAAAGAAAUGAAUAAAAAGUUGUCGUUUUUCACAGAUGUCUAUAGGAUGACGAAUCGGCUAGGCGAAAAAGAUAAAAGAAAAAUUGAUGCUGCCCAUCGGAAGGUUCUUGAGGACGCAUAUACCAAUGUCAAAUUUUCACCAAUUAGCGGCUCAUAUAAAUAUUUAGUAAACCAAAUGAAGUAUAAGAAGAUGGUCAAGAAAUUCUACAAGUAUGUAGAUACUUCCAAUCUGACUGGCAGUUUCUUGAACAAAAACCAUGUAAACAUUAACUGAUGGAAAUCUUAACACUGCAAAAGUAAGAUGCUAAACUUUGCAAAAGGCCUUUAGUUUUUAUUCUUAAAGAGAUUUAAACCAUUUUGACACUAAUUACUGAUAGAGAAAGUUUUGAAAUAUAUGUUUACCAUUAAGUUUGCUUUCAAAUUAUAAUCAUUGUCUAGUCUAGGCACAAAGCACGAACUUUAGCUAGAAUUGCUUCCACUGCAUUGUGUUUGUAUAAAAAAACAGAAAUGUUACCAAAUACAAAGGAUUUUCAUUUCCUUUUCCUAUUUUACCAAUAAAAGUGCGAUCUCUAAGCCUUAUUUGAUAAUGCUGAUCACCAAUAUCUUUAGGCAAAUUGACUAACCAAUCAAUAUUUGUGGUGAAAAGCUUAAACCGUUGAUAUUUGAAAAAUAAGAUUGAUGUUUGAAAAAAUUGAGAUUUAAUUUUGCAACUCAUAAAAUUAUCGUAAGUAAUUUUUUUAUCGAGAGAUGACUUCAUUGUUGGUUAUCAAUUAUUGACCGAAAAAAGAUGUAAAUGCUAAAGCGAUUAUGAUUAUUGAUCUUGAUUAUGAUGAUGCUGACGUUGAUUAUAAUGAUUACAACAAAAAUUACACGCCCAUCUGUUGUGCACAGGCGAUUUGUUUCUCAUUAUCAAGGGUUUUAAUCAUAUGGCGGAUUGUAGUUAUGUAUCGAAUUUAUACCUUUGUUUUGUUUCGUGAAAGGUUAGUGACGACCUUCAGUUUGCCUCUGAGAAAAAUUCUAUGAACAGUCAAAGAUUGCUGAAAUUGUCAUUCUUUCUUAAAUGAAAUGAAAGCAAGUAUCGGUGUAUGUAGAAAGCCAGGCUCAUUCACGCAAGGAGCUAAAAAGUCUUUUGAACUCAAGCUCUUUGCUGGCCACCAAAUACAUGAUGUCACGAAGACCUAAUUAAGGUAAUCACUGCUUCCUAGAUUAACAAAAAUAACUUGAUUUUAGUUUACGUGUCAUGAAAAUUAAGCUCUAAAAAUAAGCACCCAAAAUUCUUUUUGCUCGUAAGAUUGAUCAGAUAAACAAAGAUUUCUUUAAAACGUUUACAGCUGAAAUCUGUGGUUAGAAAAAUCUUCGAAGUUUGUGGCAAUUAUUAGAAAAUACUUCAAUAAUUUAUCAUAAAAGGGGGACGUAAUGAGUUAGAAUUGCUAAUUUUAUUGUGUGAUGCAUAGAAAGUCUUUUCAAAUUCGUUCCUUAUUGUGUGCAGGUGAAAGAAAAUUAGUUGAUCUUAUACUGGUUUUUUACUGCCCAAAUUUCAUAACAGGCAGCCACAGAGGACGCCGUAGAACAAAAUUGCAUUUAGAUGAGUAUUACCAUGUAAGAGAAAUACUUUUGUAAGGAGAGGCUAUCAGGAACUGCAAAGCUUGGAAAAAGUUUGACAGCAGAUCUAAGGAAAUUCAGCACUAAACUCGCAUUGGCAGAGAUCCUUGCAUUCUACUGACAGCAAAAAUUAAGAAAAAAUAUCUGAUUUUGGGCUUUCCUAGAACUGAAGAUUAAAGCAUAAAUACUUCUAAUGUUUAUCCAUUUUCCUAAUUGAUAAUAUCUAGGCGACCUAUUUAAGUUAUUGGAAAGGCAUCAAUAUGAGUUUUCUACAGAAAAAAGUGGCUGCGAGUAUUGAGAGAGCGUCGCAGUGGAGACCAGCAGAUAGCAUAGCGCGGUCCACCGCGGGCCGAAUGUCGCCUCUUACCACGAUAGCAGUCAUCAAAGAUUUCCUACAACGGCAAGGAAUGGACAACCAAAGCUGGAAUAUUACGGAAAUUAAAGACCUGACUCUUCCGAGCAUGCGCAUAACAAAGCCAGUUGUAAAGGGCCAAAUCCUAAGGGCUCCCUCUAGAUCUUUGAUAUCGAGGAACGAAAACGCACUUGAUGAUGUAAGAAAAAUAUUGUCCAGUCCAAAAUCACAACAAAAUUACAAAGUUCCUCUGAUUCAGGUAACUGCUGAUAGCCCCACAUCUGAAAAAAGUGACCAUGCGAAGGAGAAAAAUGCUGCUGACCCUGACUUUGAGGUUCAAGGAAAAAGUAAAUCGGGAAAAACUUGCAAAGAUUGUCUGCAAAAAAGCAAUUUCAAGCAAAAUGACCUGUUUAAGUUACCACGUGAUAAACUCAAGACGUUUGACAGGGAAAAUGAAGGGAAAAUUUCAACAACUAAUGAAGCCAAAGAGAAAGAUUCUGACAGCAGCGUAGGAUCAUUGGAUUAUUACUUCGUGUGCAGUGCAGAGGAGAGUCCAUCGGAAGCAUCAGUUACAAGAUUAUUUGAUUUCCUUGAUGACAAAUAUUUCUUAGAAGGAACAAAAACCUCGACAAGUAAUGAGCGUGAGAGUAAAAAUGGAGAGCACAACGGCAAAGUUUCUGGAGAAAGACAAGGUUUUGAAGAAAGAAAUAUCACUGUUCACUAUAAAAACAACAGGGAGGGUGGCACAUCUUCAAAAAGAAGGACUUUUCGCUCUAAACAAGCUAGUAUGAUAUCAGAGAAGCAAGGAGGCACAAAGCCCUUGGAGGUCGUAUUACGUGGUGGACACGAUGAUAGAGAGGAAGCUGAGUACGAAGAACGCGAGAUUCCAGAUUUUGAGAUGAUGGUUAAGAGAUUUAACGAGGUAUCCCCAUUAAUAAGUGGUUUCAACAAAAGGUACCCAAAGCUGCGAGUUUCCUUUAAACACUUAGUGAAUCAUAUGAACCAUAGACGCCUUGUGAAGAAGUUUUACGGCUUCGUCGAUUCCCAACGACUCAAUGCCAAUUUUUCGCCACAGAACUUGCUGCUAAACUCAGGAGGCUUGGACGUCAGACAGGGGAACACACUUCAGCGACGGAAAAAUGGACCUGGAAAGCUGCCGACGGGCCUUGGUAAAAGAGAUCGACAACGAAGCAGAAAAUUUAUAACUUUCAGCAUAGGCAACAAAAUGGAGAAAGAAAAAACAUGAUCAAAUUCGUGUUUGGUAUUCUAGUGCUUUGAGUGUGACUGACUUUGAGUAAGAAGAUGGUGCCAUAUGGUAGAAACUUGUCACAGAUUUUUUUCAAGAAACGACCUUGUGUGAACUCAAAUCAUAAUGUAUUCAUAUAUUCCAAAUUAGAUGAUUUGAUCUAUAUACUGUCCGAUUAUGUACCUCAACAGUUUAAUGAAAUUAUUCUCUCGUAAAUCCCCUCGAAUUUGAUGUCAGAUUAUAUUGAAAUAUCAAAGAGCAAGUAUUUAGACAUUUAAAAUCUUGCAACAGGGUAGGAGCAUUUAAAUCUAUGGUUUAGAGGAAAUCAAACAGGAUUGAAAAAAUACAACUUUACACACACAAAACAUUUUGUUUUGUAUUCCUUAGUCAGAAAAUGUCUCGUGCUUCUCUCUUUCAAUCAAUGCUACUUAGUGUCCAUAUCUAUUUCAAUAAAUUUGCAUAUCAUAUAUCCCAAAAGACAAUUGCUACUUUGUAGGAACUGUCAAAAGACUUCUAAGAUCAAAGGUAUGAUUCUAAUCCCUUAGAAUAAGGUCAUCUAUUGGGCUUGACGAUACACAUGGGACACAUAAACGAUAGCCGCCUUGCCCGCCUACCCCUGGUAACAGUGCCAAAAGGGCUUAGAAGAGGUUUUUACUGCUCUUCCAAUUCUUAUCAAACUAUGAUCUACCUAAUUGUCCUAAAAAUGGAUAAAAAUGUGCUGGGUAGGGUUUGGUAACAUAAGGGAAAAUUUAUUAUCUGGGAAAUGGCAAUAUUAGACAGUUUAGCAUAGAAACUAUAAAAAACCAGGCGUUUUUGCAAAAUAAAAGGGAAUGAUUACCCAUAUUCCCCAAUGACAACAAUCUGACAUUCUACUGUUAUUUCUUGCUAUUUUGGUGGUAGUCUAUUGCACAUGUGACAGAAUAGUCAACAGAUUCCUUGGGCCCAUCUUUUUUACUUUUACAUAUUUUGAGGCACCAACACGAUAGAGCAAAAUAAAAGAAGGGUGAUUCACUUUAGGGAAGGGGGUAUUGCAUGUGUAUGCUUUUACAGAAUGAUCUUACAGUUAGGGCAUUUUGAUUAUGGCUUUAAAAAAUCAAAUAUUUCUUUUCUUAUGAUUGAGAAUAUCACAUUGUCUCAGUUAAUAUUGACAGUUAUUAUAAUUUAAAAAUUCCAUCAUAAAACACAUUUUGCUAAUUCAGGCAUUUGAUUUAUUUUCAUGUCACAGAUGGAUGGCAUUAAGCGGUGACUCUAGUUUUGAAAUGUUCAAAUACUAAAACUUUAGAACUCUUACUAAAAUAUCUUAUUACAAAAUUUAUCAGCAAAUAAAACAGCUGAUAAAAUGAGCACCUUUGGAAGAUUUUAAUAAAAGGGCUGUGGAAUAUGAGCUCCUAACUCUAUUUCAAAGUCUUUUCUGGGGUGUAGUCAACUAAUUUCUUGAUAAAUUUAGAAAAUUGUUUAUUUACACAAAGGCAUAAAGUAAUGGAGAUGCUUCACUGUAUUCAUUUGGAAUUGGCUUUCUACACAAGGGGCAAAUUCCUUUCUGCUUGAGCCAUCCCUCAAUGCAACCAAGGUGAUAUCCAUGCUUACAAGGACAAAUGACAACUUGCGCACCUUCAACAAAUGCUUCAAUGCAAACUGGACAAACAUCAUUGUUACAUUUAGAUGACACACCCAGUAGUCUAUUUAUUUUUUUCCCUGAAUACUUUUUUAUUGCACAGUGGGGCA